AUGGCAUUGAAAUUCUUAUUUCAACUUCUGCCAUUGUUACUUAUCGUGUUCUCAACAUUACAAGUAAAUGUAACUGCAACAUAUCCGAGGCCAUUAAGAUCUCAUAUAAUGAGGAAAUCUUUGACAACUGAUGAGAACUCUUACUCAGAUCUCCCAUCAGACUUUGUUGCAUAUAAUUACACGCAAACGCUGGAUCAUUUUAAUUAUAAACCAGAGAGUUAUGCCACCUUCAACCAGAAGUACAUUAUCAACUUCAAGUACUGGGGUGGCGCAAAUACUAGCUCUCCCAUCUUCGUCUAUACAGGUGAGGAGGCUCCAAUUACCAGGGACAUCCCUUUUGUUGGAUUCAUUAUUGAUCUUGCUUCGCGUUUUAAAGGUCUCCUGCUGUAUAUAGAGCAUCGAUAUUACGGUGACUCAAUGCCAUUUGGAUCCGAAGAUGAAGCGUUCCGAAAUUCCAGUACUCUUGGAUUCUUCAGCUCAACACAAGCUUUGGCAGAUUAUGCGCAGUUGAUCCUUGAUAUUAAAAAGAAUCUGUCAGCAGAAAACUGCCCUGUUAUUGCUCUUGGGGGAUCUUAUGGCGGAAUGCUUGCAUCUUGGUUACGCCUGAAAUAUCCUCAUGUUGCUAUGGGAGCACUGGCAUCGUCAGCACCAAUUCUCUACUUUGUCGACAUUACACCUCAAGAUGGGUACCCUGUUGUUGUCACCAAGGAUUUCAGGGAUACUAGCGAGAAUUGCUACAACACAAUAAAAGAGUCCUGGUGUGAAAUUGAUAGAGUUGCAGCCCAGGCAAAUGGUCUUCAGAACCUAAGCAAUAUUUUCACUACUUGCAACCCUCUAAAUUCGUCAAAAGAGCUCAAGGACAUGUUAGAAAACAUGUACAUGGUUUCCGCUCAGUAUGAUAAUCCACCUGAUUAUCCAGUGAGUACGGUGUGCAGUGCCAUCGAUGGAGCACCGCAACGAACUUAUAUUCUCUCCAAAAUUGCUGCUGGUCUCAACUCUAGUAUUUUCGGUGGAAGACAGUGCAAUUAUAUACUUGACUUUCAACGAGAUAAUAAGAGUGGGUGGGAUUGGCAGACAUGUACUGAGUUGGUAAUUCCAAUUGGGAUUGGAGUGAAUAAUACAAAUACAAUGUUCCAACCAUCGCCAUUUGACAUGGAUAAAUAUACCAAAACAUGUCAAGCUCUUUUUGGCAUAGCCCCAAGACCGCAUUGGAUUACUACAGAAUUUGGUGGCCAUGAUAUAAAAUCUGUACUUGGAAAUUUUGCAAGCAACAUCAUAUUUUCCAAUGGACUCCGAGACCCAUAUAGUUCUGGAGGGGUUUUGGAGGACAUAUCUGAUACUGUUGUAGCUGUACAUACAAAUGAAGGAGCCCACUGCUUGGACAUACUUACUCCUAAUUCAACUGAUCCGGACUGGUUGAUUGCACAGAGAGAGAAAGAGAUCAAAAUCAUUGAAUUUUGGAUUGCUGAGUACAAUGCUAAACUUAUCAGGAAGACUAGCAACUAGCUAUAUAGUUUGAUUUGUACGCACCAUCUAGCUUAAUUAUGUCAUGAAUAAACUGCAUUGUAAUUUAUUUAAAUUCUUAAAUUUUCUAACCGUAUUAUCAUAAAAAAAUUUGG